AUGUCGUCCUUCGGAGCAAAAAAGGUUGUCAGAACGUAUUCGCGACACACGAAGCGCCAACUCUACGAUGAAGAACCGCCUACCAAACGAAGACGCGUCGAGACGACGAUCGAAAGUACCGAAACGACGACCUUGACCCCGUUGGAUAAUCCUCCCACGAUUGUCAUUUCAUCUCUCGAAUGCGAGCGUGAAAGCUCCACCGCCCCUCCAUCCAGCCCCAAAGACUCGCCCGCAGUCUUCUCAGACGAACCGCCUCGGUCUAGUCCACCAUCGUCGCCAGCACCGCGCAGCUCCCCUCCACCCGUUCAAAAACGGCGACCAGUCUUCUCGAUAUUCAAGAAGCAACUCAAGCCGAGCACACCCGCCAAAGAACCCCUUACAGAACGGAGUCACAAUGCGCAAAGCCCACCGAAGCCAGCACCGAAAAAGAAGCAGAUGGUACAGAUGCAGUUAGACCUGGCUUCAGAGACGCGCAAAACAUGCAAGAUAUGUGGAAUGCAGUACAUACCGUCGAAUGCCGAAGACGCGGCGCUGCACAAGAAGUAUCAUGCGAUGAACCUUGGGGGUGUCGACUUCACCAAGCCAGUCGUGGAGCGCUUUAGGAAGAAUCAGAUAUGGAGUGGUGAUGGGAGCUUCAUCGCUGUAGUUGGACGCAAGGAUACAUUGGCGAUGCGCAACCGGGCGAGUGAUGUUUUGAAGGUUGUGAACACAGAGCUUGCUGCUGUUCCCAUAUCAGACGACGAGCUUUGGGGACAGACGAGUCGGACAGCCCAGGCAGACGAAACAGAACGAACCACGCUUGUACCGAAACCACGGCCCUCGGCGAAGAACCCAGCCAACGUGGCACUCGUCGAUCGAUUCAAGAUAUAUUUAUACAUUCGAGGGAAUAAGUGUGUAGGAGCAUGUUUGGCAGAGCGAAUCUGGGAAGCCUAUAAGGUGUUGGACCCCACCGGUUCGCCCGACCAGGAGCACGGAGAUGCUGUCGCGCCCCAUAGCUCUUCUAUUUCUAUCAGCACCGAUUCAGAUCCGGUGGCCUUGGGCAUAUCGCUGCUCGAAGAUGCCGCCCCGCCCUCGACUGGCAAGACCAAGAAGUCUGUCCGCAUACUCUCGCCCACUACCACGAUUCCACCGCCCAUCUUUGACGACUCAGAUGCGACCUUGAACGAGCUCAUGGCCCGGCGAUCGAGCCAAGGUCGGCCUGCAAGCCCACCGCCACCCGUAACACCCGCCGGCUUUGUCAACAACUCUGUCACAGCGGGUGAAGCCAAUGCCCAAGUUGUCGGGAAAGACGCCAUGGCAAUAGCGGACGCGUCCCCAAACCCGAGACCAACCUUCGGCGAGCCUCUGGCGAUGCAAUCGCCGGGUAACGUACCAGCGAAUCCAUUCUCGAGAACACUGGCUUCGUUAGAACCCCAAGAUAAGGAGAGCGAGGAGGAGCGGACGAACACGGGAAGACCGAUGCUAGGCAACAGCAGAGCUUCCUUGGACGUAGAGAGCUUCAAGAAUCUGCUCCUGACCGGAAAGGCUACUCCGCGACCAUCCGGCCCGCCUCAGCAGUCUACGAGCGCAUCACAACCCGUCGCAGGCGCGCAAUUUGAGACCAGUAGUAGCACGGAUACCUCCUCAGUCUCACGGCAAUCGCUAUUCGAGCCCAUACAAGAAUCCCACGCUGAUUCACCACGUACAUCGGUCGAUAUGGCCGACUCGGAAGAGGACGAGAGCAUGGGGCUAGUCUCCGAGGUGAAGAAGGGCAAGAAGAAGCCCCCACCUGCUCCCAAGCAUCGACACGGAAAGCUCGUUACGCAGAGACAGCCACAGACAGUGUCUUUUGAGAGCUUUGCAGCGACAGAGCCAGCACCACCGCCGGCUAUUAGACGAACAGACAGUUCGGAUACAAACAAGCCGCUCCCUCCAACUCCCGUUGCUGCGCCGCAGUCAUCCCAUAUCAGCACGCAAGAUACCACCCCGCUACAAUCCCAACCAACCCCACCAGCACAAGACCUGCCUUCACCGCCUUCGGAAGGCACAAAUAGACAAAAGAAGGCACCUCCGCCCGUGCCAUUGGCCCGUAGGCAGAGUCAGCUCAAGACGACGACGACAACAGGCAAUAGAUCGCGGAGCAGUUCAAACCUUACGAUAUCAUCUCAGCACUCGGUUGACCCCAUACAAAGCCCAGUUCCAACUAACGUCGACCCGUUUGGAGCAAAGUCACCACCACGUCCUCCACCUUCACGACACGGCGCACGACUCGCGACCCUAGGCAACUCAAGCGCGAACUCUUCCAGCACCGAACUGCCACAGCGUUCAAGUUCGGGUCGAACGCCGAGAUCCGUUCCAGAACCCCCUUCAUCCCGCCGGAGCACUCUAGAAUCCCAACCUUCGUCACCCGCGCCGAGUGUGCACCGCGCCUCAUCCAUAUCGUCCAAUCGCAAUACCCAGCGAAAUGUAUCUGGAGAAAGCACUGGAAGCAACAUGCCGCCACCUCCGCCUCCACCAAGACGCCGAUCAAAUCGCUCAAGCCUUGAUCAGCAAAGACCUCAGAUACCCUCUUCGUCCCCCACAGAAAGCCGACGGACGAGCACGGAGUACCGCCGUACAAGCACAGAGCACAGACGGACGAGCGUAGCCAGCGAAAGCUCAUUGAGAAGGGAAUACGCGCCUGCAGACGAGAAAGGUGGGAACGAAUAUGCUUUAUACUCGCCAAUGGAAGAGAGCGAGAAGAAGCUAGGUCUCGAUGAAAACAUGGCUGGUGGGAAGGAGGGCGAGGGAAGGAGCGAUUCGAGUAACAUCCUCGACGAUAUGGAAAAGUUCCAACGCGAGAUCGACGAGUUGAGGACGAAGUAUAAACAAACGGGAUAG